AUGCCGUUACCGCCGCCGCCACCGCUGUGUCACCGCACCGCUCCUGCACGUGGCUCUGCUGCUCGGGAAAAGUUUUUUCUUGCUGAUGUUAACGAGGGAAAAAGGUGUGGGGUACCCGUUACAUCUCAAGAAGAGGAAAAACACUGUUCACUGAUUCUGCCAUAUAAAAAUGAUUGUCACAGAACUACAAAAUCUAUCCAAGAUGGAAUAUAUUUUACUGAGCUAAGCAAAGAAUCUGACGAUCCAGAACAACAACUGGCAGCGACUGUGCAGGAGGAAACUUGGAAGAAGGUGUGGGGGCCACAUCCUGAUAAACAUGGGAUCAAGAUUACAGAACUGUCCCCUCUGUUUAAAGAAAGCUCACAAAAAAAUCACAUACCACAAAACUUGAAUGGAAGGGUAGAGAGAAGAUGCGCUUCAGACAAAGAGAAAAGGGAGAAAGAAAAUGCCUCUCAUGAAAAUGGUGCUUCACAGGAGAUUUUUGAAGUAAUGGCAGUUAAUUCAGCAAAGAAUUUGUUUCCAACUUUUAAAGACAUACUUGGUAGAAUGACAAAUGUUUGUAAACUUUCUACAUCAGAAAUGAUAGUUAUUGAUACACAAGAGGAUCUGCUGGUAAAAGAGUUAACAGCACUCACAACCACCAAAAGACUGUUAUGGCUUUUACUUCAAAGAAGAGAACAGAAACACAUAGACGGAGAAAACAUUGAUGCUUUGAUACAGAAGUUAAGUGAAAAUGAAACCCACAAUACUAGUCUCAGGAGAAAGAUAGUAGAAAGAGAAGAACACAUUAAAGAACUUUCAUCUAGGAUUCAGCUUAAAAAAGUACAUGUACUGAAAAACUAUCUGUCAAAACCGGUAAAUGCAGUUGAAGCUCAUCUGCAGUAUCAGAUUCAAAGAAAAGAAGUGGAAAACAAUGAAUUAAAGCUGAAAACACAGACUCUAGAGAAGAAAAUAGCAGAGUGGAAACUUCAAAUUGAGGACUACAAGCAUCAGAUGGUGGCCUUGAGGGAAACAAGUGAGCAAAAGAAGGCUGAUCUGAGAAGAGCAAUCAGGUCCCAGAAACAAAAAACUGAAUGCUUUGAAGAAGCUGUGGAAAAUUUAACCUCCAGAGUAAGAGAACGUGAAGUGAAAUUGUCUGAGAUCCUGUCAGCUUCCAAUCUCUGGAAAAAACAGCAUGAUAGAAUGGUAGAAGAAAAGACAGCAUUAGCAGUUCAGACAGAAGACCUAAAGAAGCAGAUCACAAGCCUUUCUGAAGACCUGGAAAGAAAGGAGGAAUUCAGAAGAAAAACUAGUGAGGAAAUUCUUGGAAAGCUAAAUUCUGUUAACUCUGAAAAUGAGAAGAUUUAUCUUGAAAAUGAAAAAUUAAAGGCUUCCCUUGCUGCUUUGGAAGUCAGUAAUAUUUCUGUAGAAAAUGACCUGCUACGUCUGCAAGAAAAGACCAAGCUACAGGAAAAUGUUGUUGAACACUAUAAAAAUCAGGUACAAGAAUUACAAGCAGAAGUGAAAGUACUGAAAUUCAGGUAUAAAACAGUCUUCAGUGAAAACAAAAGUAUAAGGGAAAGCAAAUGCUUAGAAGGCUAUGAGGUGAGGGACAGAACAGAGCCUAAGUUGAAGGUGUUAGAACUUGUUUGUGGUUUACUGAAAGCAGCUGAAGGAAAUCUAGGAUUUCAAGAAAAUCUUGUGUACUGGGAAAGGAUCAAGAAAUGCAAAACUCUCAGGGAGCCACAGGUUUGGGAGGAAGAUGGUGUGAAUUCUGUGGGUAAUCGUUCCCUGGAAGAAGAAAACAGUAACAUUCAGAAGAAAUAUGAACAUCUUAAAAGGAUGCUAGAAAAGAUGGAAUUUCAAAAUGAAGAACUUGCAUAUCUGAUCAGAAAAGAAGAUGAGAGCCUUCAGUGCAGUAAAUUGCAGCUUGAGGAGAAAAUUGCGGAGUAUAAUAGUUUAACCAAACAACUGGAAUCUGCUUGGAAGGAAGGAAGAAAAAUGGUGGCUGAAGAAUUUGAAAAAAUGUCCAACUUAGAGCAAGCCCUUCAGACAAAAAUGCUCGUUCUUGAAAAUGAAGUGAGAGAGAGGCAGGAGGAGAAAGAAGAACUUCUCUGUGUGCUUAAGCAUGAUGAAAAGCACCAUGAGAUACACUUGAAAGAGCUGGAAGACAGCCUACAAAGGUUAGAAAACGAGAACCAGAGCAUCCAGAAUUAUGUGCAGUUUUUGAAAACCUCAUACAUAACAAUGUUUGGCUGAAUUCUGUAACUUCAUUUAUUUUAAUAAUAAAGAAACAG